AUGCGGUUUGCACUUUUCGCCGGCCUGGCCUCUUUGGUCUCAUCAGUCACCGCAACUGCCCUGACCUACAGACUCGAAGCGAACGAGAAAGCAUGCUUCUUCACAAACGUUGAUCAGAGCAACGCCAAGUUGGCAUUCUACUUCGCGGUCCAAUCCGGUGGAUCAUUCGAUGUCGACUACUCCGUAACCGCACCGGGCGGCAAGAUCGUGCUCGAUGGCACAAAGGAACGCCAGGGUGAUUUCGUCUUCACCGCGCAGAGCAUCGGCGAAUACACAUUCUGCUUCAACAACGAGAUGUCGACCUUUGCCGAGAAGAUGGUCGACUUCGAGAUCGCGGUUGAAAACGAGCAACGAGCCCAAUUGCCCUCUCGCCAGGGUGCCAGCCCCGAACAAACCUCCAGCCUGGAGGAGUCUAUCUAUAAGCUCUCCGCUCAACUCUCGACCGUCUCCCGCAACCAGAAGUACUUCCGCACUCGCGAGAACCGUAACUUCAGUACCGUGCGGAGUACCGAGCGUCGUAUCUUCAACUUCAGUGUCAUUGAGUCACUGAUGAUGAUCUCGAUGGCUGCGUUGCAAGUCUUUGUUGUGCGGUUCUUCUUCCAGGGCGCCCGGAAAGGUUACGUGUGA